UCCCUUCUCUUUUAUUAGGGUUUUCACUUUUCAGCGUCGAAUUUAUCAUCAUAGCAUGGCCCCCAGUUUCAAGAAUUGUAUGCUCCUCUGCUGCACACCCAAGGUUUCGGAAGACAUGGCGCAAGAGUCGUACGAGGAAGCCAUUGCCGGACUCAAGAAGCUUCUCAGCGAGAAAGCUGACCUUCAGGACGCCGCCGCCGCGAAGAUCCGGCAGAUAACCGCCGAGUUGUCGGCGACCACCGCCGGUUCAGAUAGCUUCGACCCAGUGGAUAGGAUCAAAACCGGGUUCACACACUUCAAGAAAUCGAAAUUCGAGACGAAUCCUGAUUUGUUUGGUCAACUUGCGAAAGGCCAGAGCCCGAAGUUUCUGGUAUUUGCGUGUUCGGAUUCCCGAGUUUGCCCUUCGCACAUCCUGAAUUUUCAACCGGGGGAGGCCUUCGUGGUCCGCAACAUCGCCAACAUGGUCCCACCAUAUGACAAGACCAAAUACUCAGGAGUGGGGGCGGCAGUUGAAUAUGCAAUACUACACCUAAAAGUGGAGAAUAUUGUGGUAAUCGGACAUAGCUGCUGUGGUGGCAUCAAAGGCCUCAUGUCCAUCCCAGAUGAUGGAACCAUUUCCAGUGAUUUCAUAGAGAACUGGGUGAAAAUAUGCGCACCUGCCAAAACCAAGAUCCAAUCAGAGGGCACCGAAUUGAGUUUCGAGGACAAGUGCACAAACUGCGAGAAGGAGGCUGUGAAUGUUUCCCUUGGAAACUUGCUGUCAUAUCCAUUUGUAAGAGAAUGCGUCGUCAACAAAAAACUCUUCAUAAGGGGUGCACAUUACAACUUUGUCUCCGGAGCUUUCGAGCUAUGGAAUCUUGACUUCAAAAUUACACCUUCUCUAGCUGUCUAAAAAUACCAUACCAUACGUCUGCGACCACGAUAACCAAACCCGGCCGACCGAUUGUUUUCGAGUUUCUUCCUUUCUUCAACGUUGUCCCGUCUGCUGCUUCUGUGAUAUAUUUAUUAUAUGAGGCUAAUGAACUUGUACCUUCCCCUACAAUAAGAGUUUGUGUUCCCUUUCAUUUUGUUUCCUUGUUUUGAAAAUGUUCCCUGUAAUCCGAUCCCCAUCACUCUUGUAACAUUAUAAACAAUAACUUCAAUGAAAUGUUUUUCUUCAUUCUCUUUUGGAA